AUGGCGGACAUUGAAAGCUCGGGAUAUCCAGCCGACGGUAUUUCAGAAAAAGAUGAAAUUGUGGCGGCGACUAAACCAGAUGUAAACUCAACUACUAUGGAUGACCCCAGAGAGGAUUCCCAGUUUGAAGAUGCUGAGAGUGAUUUUAAUAGUCCUGUGCACUCCGCUACUAAGAGCCCUAUGCACAGUCUACGUGAUGAAGACAGCAGAGAUAGUGGAAUUAAUCAUAGUGAAUCAGGAAGUGAUCGUCCAGAAAAACAGGAUUUACCAGAGUCACAGUAUGAGGAUGCAGAUAUAGACAGUAAUGCUGAUCUAGAAGAGGACAAUGAACCUCUGGAUUGUAGAAAUGGGCAAUCUGUGACUGAAUAUAAUGAGAAUAUGCAUGAUAACGAUGACUAUCCUGAUGGAGAUGCUGCUGAAGGAUACAUGGAGAAUGAUUCUCCUGAAGAAAACUAUGUGCAAGAACAAAAAUUUGUAGAGGACAAGGACAAUAUGCAAAUUGAUUCAAACUUUAUAGAAGAGGUAGAUCUCGAUGGGAUUGAUGAUGUCCCUGAAUCACAACCUGAGGAUGAGAUCAAUAUGCAAGAGAUUCCAGUGGAGGGUGAGGGUGAGGAAGUCAGAAGUAAAUCAGAAGAAGAUGUUGUAGAGAAAUAUGAAGAGGAGGAAGUACAGGAAAGGUUUAAGGAUGAUGAUUACCAGGAAGAGAAUGAGCAGUUCAGAGAAGAGUUUGAGUAUUAUGUGACCAAGGAAUUCAAUGGAGAAUAUGACCAAUAUAACAAACCAGAAGAGAAUUACAGUGAGGCAGUUGUGGACCAAUCAGAAGAGGUAGAAAAUGUUAUUGUACCAGAAGAGGAUAAUUUGGAAGAUGUUCCAUAUGAGUUGCCUGAAUCACAGUUGAAUGAUGGUUCAGGGCAACCUGAAGAAACUGAAGCAGUUUUGCCAGUUGUUGUAGAUGUUGUAGAUGAGGAUUACAUUUCCAAGAAUGACUUUAUUAAAACUGUGAUGCCUGAAACUGGUGAAUUCACAAAUGAAAUCCUGAAGCAGGCAAAUAAUAUAUAUUCUCAGCAGCAAACAGAACUAUGUCCAGAUAAACAGAUUUCAGAACAUGGAAGUAUUUUGAUUGACGAAGAUUCUAUUAAUGCUUCUGAGCCGAACCCUGUUCCUGAAGAAUCUGGUAAAUAUGAAGGAGCUGAGAGUGAUGUCGGAGGUCAUUAUGAUAUUCCUGUUAAUGAUAUGUAUGAUGAACAGGAAGGUGUUCACCAGCAUCAUUACAAUUUCCAUGUUCCUUGCCAUCCAGUCGCAUUAGAGCAAGAAAACGAAUCUAGUUUACAGCAGGAUCUCCCCAAAACAGAGUAUACAAACCUUUCCAAAGUCAGUGAUAUGCCAGUAUCAAUGAAUACACAUGGUGCUAUUUCUUCUGUGGAAAUUGAACAGUUUGUGGAUAAUGUGGGAGCUGAUAUGAAUGCUACAGAAAAAGUUGCUGAUAUACCAGAACAGAAUGCUCAAAAGCAUUCUCCUAUCAAGGCAAAUGUCAGACAAACUCCUAAAAAAGUCUACACAAAUUUCGAUGAUAUUCCAGUUGGUAUGGCUUCCAGUUAUAUAUAUCAACCUCCAAAGCAAAGCAAAUCUGCUGAAGAGAAUCAGGAUAGUGGAAAAUUUGAAAGGGCACAAAGCAAGAGGAAGCCACAGGAAGAUGCUGUUAUGAAAAAGGGAUGUGGUCGAGGUAUUGGUAAACAAUCUUCCCAGGUAGCUGUGAAAGGCAAUGUGCAAGCAAAAACUAAUAUUUCUAGAAACACUGCUCAAAGGUCUAUUUCAGUUGAUAAAAGGACUAUGAAACCAGCAUCAAAUGUAGAAGAAUCACAGAGCAGGAGGCAACUCUCAGCAAGAUCAUCUGAAUUACGACAAUUAAAUCCAACUAGAAAAAUAUGCCAUGCAGAUAGUAGGGAGACUAAGUUCUUUGUACCACUUGAUGUUGAUGAGAACACAUCUUCCCUUCAAGAACCCAAGAAGAAGCAAGACACACCAGGAACUGCAGUUCGUGUGAUCAAACAAUCUGGAUCAACUAGAGCCACAUCCAAAACUUCCCCUGUAAAUAAUUCAAAUUCAAAGAGUCCUGUAUCUUCAAUGACAAGGGGACCUGUCAGAAAAGAUGAGAAGGGAAGCCUAAAUAAAGGAAUAGAUCCUGUUUCAAAAAGUAUAUCUAACACACCUGAAAAACGGUAUGUAAACGCAGGUGAAGAUGAAUGGAAAGAUCAUUCAGCUGAACGCCUUGCUUACCAUGGCAGACAUGCAAUUGGUAAAGAGGUUAGACCAGUGAAGAAUCAUAGAGUUCAAGACCAAAGACCUACUAGUGAUAAAUACAUGGAAAUAAAUCAACAACAUUUAGAUCCACGAAUCAAUCAACACUAUAUCUCUGGAAAGGAUCCAUAUGGCAGCUCAUACAGUGUAGGUGAAAUUAAGAAAAAAAAUGAAGAAAUAUUAAAACUGUCUCCUGGAAUUGCUCGACGACAAGUACCCCACGACUCUAUGAACCAAGCUCCAAGGCAUGCACUACCAGACAAUAUAAGCCAAGCACAAAGUAGAAGAUAUGCAGAAUACGGGAUGACUAACUAUUCCCAGCCUCAUUCUAAGGAUUACGAGUAUCCAGAAAGUCUGGACAUUGAAGCAGAAUCACGACAUUCUAGUACCACUGCUUCACCGUAUCACCAAGCACACACUCAGCUGUGGCAGCAGAAUGAAAAAAAUGAUCAUCACAGUAUCGGUGGCACUCCAAACAAUGUCACACCUACUCAUCAUUCUGUGCACCACAGUCGUGAUUCGGAGGAGCCUGAGUCAGAACAUCAACCUAAGUGUACCUGUGGUCAAGUAGUCUAUGAUGACAUAGCUGAAAGUCAGGCAUACCUGAUUGAGAGAAAUAAAAGAAAAGUUGCUGAACGAGCAGCUGAGAUACAAGCUAAAAAAGAUGAAGUGAGGUUGGAGGGAGAUAGCCUUCAUUCCAAAGAGCAAGAAGAUGGAGAUAUAUUUUUACGGCCCACUAACCGUAGACGUAAUAGCUACGAGCUGGCAAAUAGGGAUCAUUCACCAACUCCUGAUCAUGAGGGCAACAGAGAUAUUGACAGGUAUGGGACACAUCCUGGAAGGCAGGUGAAAAGUAAAAAAGAUUUGGAAGAACCAGCAUCAUUAAGGCGAUAUAAGGUAUUUGAUGUUGAUGAUGCAAGAACAGAAAGCAGAGGACUCUCUGCUGUUGAUCAUGCCACACUUGCGAAGCUAGCACAGCGUGAGCUUGCUGAUAUGGAGCGUUCACGUGCAGUCAGAGAUUAUGGUCAACCCACAGUGAUGUCAUCACCUCAAGAGCAAACCAUUUCCCCAGCCAGGUCAUCCCAAGCAUCACCUAGGUCACAGUCUCCAAAAAAGCUGUCAUCAAAAACAACCUCACCUGCUAAAUCCUCAUCAGAAACAAGCCCAACAAAAACUCUGCCAACUCCGUUGAAAACCACUCCUCCUAGCAAAUCUAAUGAGAGUGCCAGAAGUUCUGAACACAUUGAAGGCACAUAUGACAAAAAAGAACUGCAACUUUCUGGCUUACAUGCCCUGGAGCUGAGUAAGGACUUUGGGUAUAGCCGUCCUGAGGACGACCAAUUCAUGGAUGCUGAUGAGGGGAGCGAUGAAGAUGGUGGGACUCAGCAUUUACAAGGAAGUGAAGUAAUGACUCGGUGGUACAGUGAUGUGGAUAAACCAUCCUUUUAUAGUGAUGAUGGUGUUCCAGUCAGCAGCCUGAAUGAGAUCCAGGCAGCAAUCAGUGAGAGCAAAACCAAACUAUUGAAAUCUCCAACGUUCUAUGUGGAGCAGGAACCAGAGGAGCCAGUCUGGAUACUGAGACCAUUCUAUGCUAAAAAGCAAAUCCAAGAUGAGGAGAGGAAAAAGCAAGAAAUCGAAAAGGAGAAAGAAAGACGGAGAUCAACAGCACAGCAUCAACAACAACGUCAUUCUGUGAGUCCAGGAUCAUUAGGAAGCAGUGAUGAAGAUAUUCAGAACCGAAAUCCACAGGGGUAUUUGCGUAAACAGGAGAGUGAUGAUGAAGAUGAUGAUGUAGAACAGAAGCCUUUGAUAUCAUCCAAUGACUAUGACCAUGGUAUACCACCUGACCAUGUACAUUCAGAAGAGUGCUAUUUGAGAAACCCAAGACCAAGGCAAGCAACUGAGUCUAUUGGCCCAGAUUUGCCACCAAGUGGUAGCAAGACAAAAGAAGGUAAAAUCACUCCAGUUCUUUGUGUCAUACCCUCACUUAUUGACUGA